AUGCUGUCAAACUACCCGUAUGCCCAGGGUCUCGAGCGAGUCAUUCCACCCUCCAAGUUCCCCACCCGCGACCUGUUCCUCAACAAACCCUUGCCCGCUAAACCCGUCCCCGACGAGCCCGCCGAGUACUCCUCCGGGAUGUGGUCUGACUCGAGCGAUAGCGAGAGCGAAAGCACCGUCGAUAGCGCAAGUCCAAGCGAGCCUCGCAAUUCCAGCGAGUCUUAUCCCAUCUUCGUCAGCUCAGAUUCCGAUGACUUCAAUAUGGUCGAUCACUCAGUACCCGUAGAUCAGCUUAGUUUGGGUCCGAUCCGCCCAUCUCCACAACGCUUCCUCACUACCGACUCGCGCCCAGACUCGAUCGUCUCGGGAGUGUCUGCUGUCUCAGUGUUCUCCAGGACAGACAGUGUCGCCGAACCGUCGGAUGCUCAGUACGGGAGACCGAGCCACUGGACACAAGGCCGAACUGGCACGAACCACUACUUCAGAGAGAAGAAGUGGGAUUAUUUCCCGGAGCUAGCGACUCCGUCAGCGUUGCAGGCCAGCGGGCGAGUCAGCUCGGGGAUCAAGAGUGGGAAAUCACGAAAGAAGGAAGGUCGGCUGAAUCUCGCGGCUAAGCGACGUCGAUGGCAUUCCCUCGAUCGGGCAGGCCUAGGCCUCGCCCACGGUGUUCGAGAUUCGAUCAAAACAUACGUCCACCGCACACUAUCCAAAGACUCGGGCGAAGGCCGCGACACCAAGGCCAAAGGAUCACCUCGGCCACGAACAGCACCGUUCGACUCACCCGAUAAUCAAGAACCAUACCCCCGACCAAAGACACAACAAUCAUCCACGGAUCUAAGCGUCCAACUACGAACUUUAUCCAUCUCAACAUCCUCCAGUCCCCUCGAGUCACCCUCAAGCCCCCGCUCAAUCCAUACGCAAUGCUCAGCACCACUCCAACGCCCGAAACAACUCGCAGUGCCCAUGUCGCCGUACCAGAAAUACGGCUCCGCCAUCUGGGAAACACCCAAGAAAUCAAAGUCAAAGCUCACUCCCCGCCUGUCUCCUAAUCCAGAUGGUGGCCCCUCCUCACCAGACUUCAUCUAUGCCAACCCUACACCGCCGCUCUCCCCACCAUUCAAGACCCAGUUGCAGCAAAAUACCCGGAAUGCUGCACGCGCCCUGCAGGAUGGAACAUGCCACGUCCUCGUCGCUCUCGAUGGCGCAAAGCGCAAAAUCUCCGAAUCGAAAGACGAACGGAGACGUGAGGCAUUGAAGUCUCAGAUCAAGCUCAUUGGUCCUGUGAACUCAUACUCUUAUAAUCAGGGUGAUCCUUGGGUGUAA